AUGAAAGUGUUGUUGAGAGGCUUUGAACUUGUAUCCGGAUUGAAGAUUAAUUUCCAUAAAAGUAACAUAUUCGGUGUUUAUAUUGGUGAGUGGCUUUCUACCUCGACUACUUUUUUCCUUGCAUGUAAAAGAGGGACUUUUCCGUUCAAAUUUCUUGGCAUAUGGGUUGGAGAAGGUGCUAGCAAGAGGAGAGUAUGGAAGGAUGUGGUUUCUAAUAUCAAAUCAAGAUUAUCAAUGUGGAAGGGUAGAAAUAUUUUCAUCGGCGGAAGGGUGACUCUUAUUGGUUCGUGGGAGAAUGUUUGUAAACCUAAGGAGAAAGGCGGGCUAGGCAUUAGAGAUGUUGGUGAAAUGAAUAAAUCUCUUAUUCUUAAAUGGAAGUGGAGAAUCUUGAAGGAGGACAAAGCCAUUUGGAGUACAUUUCUACUCUUGAGAUAUCAAAACCCGAAAUUUAAAGUGUUAGCUUCUUGUGUGGAAGUAUUAAAUCGAGACGAUUCUAGUUGGUGGAGAGACAUUAUUCUUAACGACUUCAAAGAGGAGGACUCCGUUGAAGGCUUCAUUGAUUGGGUCAAUUGUGACUUCAAAAAAGGUAAUACUAUUCUUUUUUGGCAUAGUUGUUGGUUAGGUGAUCAAACUCUUUGUGUUUCCUUCUCGUAUUUGUUCGAUCUUUCAACCAAUAAACUUUGCAAAGUAAGCGAAGUCAUCUCUUGGAACAACGGUGCAUAUUCUUGGAAUCUUGAUGUUCUUUUUGGAAACCGUCCCGUCACGAAUGGCAUAGCUUCGGCUUUUGACAUCCAAUUGAGAGAUUAA